GACAACCAUUGGACAUUCUCACCUUCAAUGAAAUGGCAAUCGCACUUGUGCCUUUGGGCCCUAAUCCGUGGUGACUCAGUUGCAUAUGAGUGUCAUUUAUAUGACGGAUAAAAUACGAGACAGGUUGUUUGAUUAUAUUUGAUCUGAAAAUACAUAGAACAUGGCCGCAUCAUGAUGUCAGAUCAGGAGGCUUCCACUUGCCUGGCGCUCCACUCCGAAGAGGAGCCACCAGCUGACAUUGGCAUGAAGCAAGGAGAUGCUAAACCUGAAGUGGAGGGUGCAAAAUCACUCACAGCGAGCACUUUGGUACCAGUGGCAGAGCUUGACGCAACACCAAAUACAGAGAAGCAGGAAAUUGAGUUGAAUGACCCUGCAGUUCUGGAAUGGAUGAUACAGACAGAUAAAACAUCAGAAAAUGAAAAUCACAAUGAUCUUCUGUGGAGGGACUGGGAAGACCUGUAUGAACUAGACAGUACUAGCAAGGAGCUGUUUGACUUCACUGUCUUAUCCUACAAUAUCCUCUCCCAGGACCUGGUGGAACAGAACCCCACUCUGUAUACCCACUGCUCCCCUAUUAUUCUGGGCUGGGAUUACCGAUGGCAGAGCAUCCUGCAAGAGCUUCAACACUGGGAUGCAGACGUUCUCUGCCUGCAGGAGGUGCAGGAAGAUCAUUACAGGGAACAGGUGCAGCCCAGCCUGUCUGCAUUGGGUUACAGCUGCCACUACAAACGCCGGACAGGCAGAAAAACCGAUGGUUGCUGUACAUGCUUCAAGCUUUCACGGUUUACUCUUCUUCAUGAGAGACAUGUCGAGUAUUUCCGUCCAGGGAUUCAAGUGCUGAAUCGGGACAAUAUUGGGCUUGUUCUUCUCCUGAGCCCCAUACUCAAAGAAGGUUUAGAAAAGUGUCCCCACGCACUGUGUGUGGCCAAUACGCACCUCCUUUUCAACCCCAGGAGAGGGGAUAUCAAACUGGCACAGUUGGCACUGCUACUAGCAGAAGUGGACAAAAUAUCCCAGACAUCAGAUGGCGCCCAUCACCCCAUUCUACUCUGUGGAGAUCUGAAUGCCACUCCUGGCUCUCCACUUUAUCGAUUUAUGCGCAAUGGGAUUCUGAAUUACAAGAAUCUGCCUGCCUGGAAGGUUUCCGGUCAGGAGAAAUUUUGUCCUACACUACACCCUUGGAUACUGUCUGCUCCUCUUUGGCCAGAUGCGUUGGGUAUCUCCGAUCACUGUCAAUUUGCUGAAAACCUUAGAAAAACAGAUAGACUUGUAUACACCCGCGAGCAGAUCUUACACCUGAGAUUCUGUGAGUGUGCCCUUCAACGUCCACCUGAACUCUGCCAGAUUGUUGGAGUGACUGACCGACAACCUGAUCCCGACACAGAAACUGUACACAUUGCCCCACCUAUGAUCUUUGCUAACAGCCAAACUCCAGUCUUCAGGUCUCAGCCUAUACUGCAGCACAAUUUGCUCCUGACCUCUGUGUACAGUCACUUUCUUGUAGCCAAAGGUCGCCCAGAGGUGACCACUAUUCCCUUGGGUAUUGGUAGCACGGUGGAUUACAUUUUCUAUUCUGCAGAACCUCUUGUUGAGGACAACACAAGCCACGGCGUGCGUUUCUAUCAAGACAACAAACUGAAACUCCUCGGACGACUGUGUCUUCUCUCCGAAAAUGACUUGUGGCCUGCUCACGGCCUCCCAAACCAAUUCUACUGCUCAGACCACCUGUGUUUGCUUGCUCGCUUUGCUCUGGACAUUUCUGUACCCUAAUGGUGAAAAUGUCAUAAUCUUCUACUCGUCCUACCUUCCAAACUUUGGGGUAGAGGGGUUUGUGCACCAACAUUUACUGCACGGCUUUCAGUACAUGUGUGAACUCAAAGAGAGGGUCUUCCAACCAUUCAUUUUAAAGCUUUGUUUUUAAGGAUGUUCUGUCUGACAUGUAAGGUUGCCAGAUUGUCAUUUUUUUUGUGAGGAACUUAUAAUUUCUUAGGGCUGUGGAAAUUAAUUAUUAUUAUUAAAAUUUUAUUUUCCAAAGGACUAAGGCAGUAGCCCAUUCUCUGUCUGUCCUGACACACAGAAUAAUUUCAGUUUUGGGCACUUACCUAGCGUCCUGGACAUUGACAGGGUUUUUCCCAAAUUAAACCAAAUGGAAAAACUGAGACACAGCUAAUCUGGAAAAAUUGCAAACUUGGCUAUAGUUACAAGCUUUUGUUUCUGUUGUUCCAUUCAGAGUUUAGUGAAUAACUUUAAGUGUCUCGCCCCGGUUCUCACUCUGCCCCCCCUUCCACCCUCUUUUGGUGUGUUCCAGCUGUGUGAGCUUUCUGCGUGAAUGGUCCUUGUUGGCCAAUGUGGGGUUAAUGUUUGAGUUGUGGACAAUGUGUUCUGCACUUCUGGUGGGUGCAGACCUUAGUGAUCACUUCCUUGCAUGCUCGGCACUCAGUGAGUCACAGUGCAACUGCCUGCUCAUUAGUGAGCACUAGCUAAAGGCAAAAAAACAUUGCUUGUCUGGAACUAUAUUUCCCGUGCAUUACGUAAUACUAAUUCCUGCACUCUGUCGGGCAAGAUUUGAGUGACAGCACGAAAUCCAUUGGCUAGUGAAGUUUCCCAGGUAUCUCCGUUGUGGUUGGUUUUAUUUAAAAAAAGAAACAUUUUUGUCAUAAGCUCAUGAAUUCUAAACAUACCAACACAUAGUUCUUCCUAGCUCUGCCCAACAUAAAGCAGGACUCACAAGGGUCUUUAAAAAAAACCCAAACAAAAACA